CAGGACUCCAAAGAAGGUCCCUGGACCGAUGAGACAAAGCAAAAGUUUGAGAGCAAAUCCAAAAGCGAAUUCUACGAUCCUUGUCAGGAAGCGGCGCAGCGCAGUUACAAAUGCUUGUAUCGGAAUAACGGCGACAAAUCGAUGUGCGGAGAGUAUUUCCAGGCGUAUCGCGAUUGCAAACAGGCUUGGACGGAAAAGAGGAGGAAGGAA